AUGAAGGAGAUUGAUUACAAGGAACAGCUUAUGGAGCAGCUUGAGCGUGAGACCUGGAAGCUGAGAACCAAAAUUCAACUAGAAAGUGAGAUACGAUCAGCAGAGCAGAAGAAGAAAGCAGAGAAACAUCAAUGGAAUUUCAUUCCUUGGGUGAAUUCUGGAAAACACGCUCAGGGUGGCACAUCACCAUCAUCUGAGCAUAAUUCAACCGGAGGACUGGGAAAGAAUAUAUUACGAGCAGGAGAGGAGCCCCCAGAUGAUGAGUUUGCAGACAUCUUAAAGCAGAUAGCUGACGAUCUUUACGAUGAAGCCAAGAUUGACAGCCUUGGUGGUCAACUAGGAAUCUUACAUGGUGAUAUACAGAGAGCGCUCAUGACCAAUAUGAGGUUCAACCGUGUGACCAGUGAUGGAACUCGGGAAUUGCUGAAACAAUGGAGAAAAGGUGUGUCCAGGGAAGAAGAACGGAUGGAGCUCAAGAGGGCACUCCAAGCUGCUAAGUUGGUCAAUAUUGCAGACCUGUAUCUCAGGGAAGAUACACAGUUGGAUACUGAAUAUGUCAACGAAGACGCCAACGAUCAGCAGCUCUCUACUGGAGAUGAGACCUCUUUAGAACAGUACCAAACCAAAGGACACGAUGACAUACAGGUACGCCGGGGGGCUACAGUAAGCAAUGACCACACUCCUCGAGAUGGGCAUAGAGGAGAUACGGCUUCCAAAAUCCAGGAGGACUUGACGGAUGGAAGUAGGAGUCAACAUCCUGACAAGUCACCGAAGUGCAAUACAGAGAGCUUUAAUGCACCUGAAGUGACUUCUGAAGACGUGCCCUCUGAAGUAGCUCAUGCGGGGGAUGAUAUGACCAACUUAAGGAGCAUUCAACCUUCUGAACCGUCGUCCAUUUAUGAAAUGCAAGUCCUACCUGAAGAUAUGUCUGAUAUAGCCCCUCUGGUAUCCUCUGGUGAGAAACCCAACGAGCGCUCCACCAUCUUGGAUGAAAGUCAUGUAGGUGGAAUCAUAAGUAACGAAGAAGAUCUGAUUUCACAGUUCCUUCUUAUUGAUACAUCCCCGGAGAAAAUAUUGCUCCUUUUCCUCGUAAAAAUAAUAAUGGAUGUUCCCCAGAAGGCGCUCAAUUUAUAAGAAAUCACCAGAAAACCUUCAUCAACCUAAGUUUAUUUACAUUCGUUUAGCUUUCGACGUUUCAGGUCUACUCCGGGACGCCGACUGAUCUUUGACACCAAAUGAUUGUUGACCCGUAAACGUGGUGUUGUGGUCAAGGAACGUCGGGAAACGAACUGCCCUUCUCUGUUAACCUUCAAAGAGCCCUUAGUAAAAUCGGCUUGAUGACGCUUCUCGCAGUGGACGUGUGACGUCCUAUGCGAUUAAUUUUUUAAUACCCAACAAACUGUACACGAGUAUACUUAUAUCAAAGCUUCUUUAAUAUUUCGUUUGUCCCUGUUUUCAUAUAUGUUUCCACGUACUCGUAUAUCUUGACGUACUGGGCGUAUAAUGCA